AUGAAAUGUGGAAAGACUUUCAGUCGGGAGGAUAGUCUCACUUCACACCAAACAAUUCACAGUGAGGAGAGACCAUAUCAGUGCUUAGAAUGUGGAAAGAGCUUCAAAUGGAAGAAAAGUCUCACUUUACAUGAAAGAUUUCACAGAGGGGAGGGACCAUAUAAGUCCUUGGAAUAUGGAAGUAGCUUCAGUCAGAAUAGUAGUCUCACUUCACAUCAAAGAAUUAACAUUGAGGAGAGACCAUAUCAGUGCUUGGAAUGUGGAAAGAGCUUCAGUCACAGGGCUAGCUUCAGUUACAAGCACGUACUCACAGCCCAUCAAAGAAUUCAUACAGGGGAGAAACCGUAUCAGUGCAUGGAAUGCGGAAGGAGCUUCAGUCGAAAGGACCAUCUCGCUUCCCACCAAAUAACUCACAGUGGAAAGAAACCCCAUCACUGCUUGGAAUGUGGAAAGAACUUCAGUCACAGACAUGUGCUCACGGCCCAUCAAAGAAUUCAUACAGGGGAGAAACCGUAUCAGUGCAUGGAAUGCGGAAAGAGCUUCAGUCACAGACAUGUGCUCACGGCCCAUCAAAUAAUUCAUACAGGGGAGAAACCAUAUAACUGCUUGGAAUGUGGAAGGAGCUUCAGGAAUAGGGCCGAUCUCAAUUACCAUCAAAUAAGUCACAGUGGAGGGGAAACCCAUAAGUGCUUGGAAUGUGGAAAGAGCUUCAGUCAGAGAGCUAAACUCAUGGCUCAUCAGAGAAUUCAUACAGGAGAGAAACCAUAUCAGUGUUUUGAAUGUGGAAAGCGCUUCAGGAAUAGGACCCAUCUCACUUCCCAUCAAAGAACUCACAGCGGGGAGAAACCCCAUAAGUGCAUGGAAUGCGGAAAAAUCUUCCUGCAGAGGGAUCGGCUAAAGGCUCAUCAGAGAAUUCAUACAGGGGAGAAGCCAUAUCAGUGCUUGGAAUGCGGAAGGAGCUUCAGUAGGAAGGACCAUCUCACUUCCCACCAAAUAACGCACAGUGGGAAGAAACCCCAUCACUGCUUGGAAUGUGGAAAGAACUUCAGUCACAGGGCUGUGCUCAAGGCCCAUCAAAGAAUUCACAGAGGUGAGAAACCAUAUCAGUGUUCAGAAUGUGGGAAGAGCUUCGGCAAGAAGGCUGUGCUCACAGCCCAUCAAAGAAUUCAUCUAGGGGAGAAACCACACCAGUGUUCUGAAUGUGGGAAAUGCUUCAGUCAGAAGGUCCACCUCACUUCCCAUCAAAGAACUCAUACAGGGGUGAAACCAUAUCUCUGCAUGAAAUGUGGAAAGCCUUUCAGUCGGAAGGAUAGUCUCAUUUUACAUGAAAGAAUUCACAGAAAAGAAGAACCAUAUAAAACCUUCAAAUGUGUAAGGGACUUCAUUAAGGGAUCCCAGUUCACUUCCCAUCAAAUAACACACAGUGGUGAGAAAGCAUACCAGUGUUUGGAAUGUGGGAAGAACUUCAAAUGGAAGAAUAGUCUCACUUUACAUCAAACAAUUCACAGUGAAGAGAGACCGUAUCAGUGCUUGGAAUGUGAGAAGAGCUUCAAAUUGAAGAAAAGUCUCACUUUACAUCAAAUUCUUCACAGUCAGGAGAGACCAUUUCAGUGCUUGGAAUGUGGAAAAUGCUUCAGUCGUAAGGCAUAUCUCACUUCCCAUCAAACAAUUCACCGUGAGGAGAGACCAUAUCAGUGCUUGGAAUGUGGAAAGAGCUUCAAAUGGAAGAAAAGUUUCACAUUCCAUCAAAGAAUUCAUACAGGGGAGAAACCAUAUCAGUGCUUCGAAUGUGGAAAGAGCUUCAUGCAGAGGUCUAAGAUGACAAUCCAUCAAAGAACUCACCGCAAGGAGACUCAUAGCAUUUGAAGAUGGUUGACACUUCUCUUAAUCUCCUCUUUUUGGGACAAAACAUCUCAAACUCAGAACUCUGGGUAUAGGGUGGUGUAUCAUUUUGAUCUCCUUCCUCUGCACGUGUUCCAGCUUGACAAUAUCCCCCUUUUAUUGUGGUGUCCAGAACUGGACCCUGUACUCCAGGUGUGUUCUGACCAAGGCAGAAGGGAGCAGUAACAUUACUUCUGAUAAUCAGGACACCAGAUGUCUGUUGAUGCAGCCUAAAAUAACAUUAGCUUAUUUUACUGCUGCCUCACAUUGUUGACUCGUGUUAAUCUUGUGGU